AUGGCUUCGGCUUCUUUGUCCGCGCCAAGACCGCCCUCGAGCUGGCUUGCCCCGGUAUUGUAUCUUGUGCCGAUAUUCUGGCUCUCUCCACUCGCAACCUCGUCAAUAUGCUUGGCGGUCCAUACUAUAAAGUCCGGCUCGGCCGGGCUUGUUUCUCAGGCUACACACGUCGAAAGAAACCUAGCUAGGGCUAAUACUUCCAUGAACAAGAUGAUCACUUUGUUCAAAUCCAAAGGGUUCAAUGUUCAAGAAAUGGUUGCCCUAACGGGUGGUGGACACACUGUUGGGUUCGCUCACUGCAAAGAGUUCAGCAAUAGAAUCUUCGGCUACAGCAAAACCUCAGAGGUUGAUCCAGCUCUCAAUCCCAUGCUCGCCGACGCUUUAAGAAAAGUUUGCGCCAAUUACACCACCGAUCAAUCAAUGUCGGCCUUCCUCGACGCUUCAGACCAUGCACUGGUUUCAGACCCGAGGACAAAGCCGUUGGUCGACAAGUAUGCCGGCGACCAGGCGGCAUUCUUCCGUGAUUUUGCUCAUGCUAUGGAGAAGCUUAGCGUCUAUGGUAUCAAGACGGGACACAAGGGAGAGGUGAGGCAUCGAUGCGAUGCGUUCAACUCGAUCAAGAUCUAA